AAAAAGUUGAUUUUAUACUCUAUGAACUGGAUUGUGCAUAUCUCAAAAAAUGGCGAAUGAUAAAUUUCUGUUCAUUGCUUGAAAGCACAAUUCCUAGGAACAUUUAAAUCGUGUGGAAUAUUAGAUUUUGUAAUUACGUCAAUCUCAACAAUGGCUGACGCAGAAGUUGAGCGAAGAAAUUUAUCUCGAUUCUUCUGCCACAGAUGUAACGUUGAAUUCAAUCAAGUUUUACAGAAUUUUUCUUGCCCAUUUUGUAAUGGGGGUUUUGUGGAGCAAUUGGAGGGUAGUACAGAGGCACCAGAUCAGUCUGGUGAUGACUUCACAGAUGCUGACAUAAGUAAUAUUGGUGAUAUGAGUGCUAUGGAGGAUAUUGAAGUGGGCUCGGAACAAAGUCGACCACGUAUAACACCGAUUUUAAACGACAUGGCGUCAUUUAUGGCAGCGGCAGGACUACGGACACCAGUACCAGGGCCAGGUUUUGUGCAAGAGUUAAUAAUGCUGCUAGAAAACGGUCGACCUAGGACUGGUGUUGCGGCUGCUGGAGCACCUGUAGUUUUUGUCGGAGCCCCAGGAGACUAUGUGUUAGGUGGAGAAGGCUUAGAUGCAGUAAUAACUCAAAUGCUGGGUCAAUGGGACAACUCUGGCCCUCCACCGCUACCAGGCGAACAGCUAGCAGCGCUGCCCACUGAGACCAUCACCGCAGAGCAGGCCGCGGAGAACACAACCUGCUCUAUCUGCUGGGAGAACUUCCUAGAAGGCGAGUCUGUGUCGCGGCUGGAGUGCCAGCACAUGUACCACUCGACGUGCAUCCGGCCGUGGCUGCAGUUGCACGCCACCUGCCCCAUCUGCCGGCGCUCGUUGAUCACGCAGACGGCGGGCGACCCCGCGCCGCAGCCCGCAGCGAGACGACUCUACGCACCCACGUCCCUGCCGCGCGUGAUCCUACGGAGGCUAACCAGGCGACCGCAAUCGACUGGCCCGCAGACACAGACGUGGGACUCGCUGGCAGACUCCAGCAGCACCUCGGGGUCUACGUCCACCACGUCCUCGGUGACGACAGGUGGGGUGUGGGCCCCGCAGCACUCCACCUCCAACUCCACCGGCAGCAACUCCACAACCUCGCUCAACUCCAGCAACGAGCGGGGCGAGCGCCAAUACAAUAUGGACAUUGACUAUGACUAGAUCAUUCCGGACCAAUCCGGAACAUUCUGGAACAUUACGGAGUGUACAGUGAAUUGUGUACAAACAGUUGCUCUUGAAGUGAUUUAUUUUAUUUGUCAAUAGAAUAUUUCAGUUUGUGAUUUUGGUGAUUUGUUUAAAUUAUUAAUGAACAGAUAUUGUGCUUCGAUUAUCCAGUGCUGAUAUGCAGGUAAUUUUUUUUUCUUCUGAUAUGUAAAUAGAAAUAAAUUCACCUUACAUAGACUACAGUACUCAUGUGCUUGUUACAAAUGUUAGUAAAUACAUUAAAUAUGGUCAUAUGACUUUGAUAUAUUUUUGUAUACAUGUUGCUGAGUUGUUGCCAAUGUUAAAUAGAAUUUGCCACAAUAUGGAAUGGCUACUCUUAAAAGCAAUUUUUAUGCCUAAUAAAGGUUAAUAUGACUGUUUUUGUUAGGUGUAUUAUGUAGCUAAAUUAACAUAAUUGUAUACAUACAGAGUAAGAAUUGUACAUUGUUGAAUAUAGCAAAAUGUUACUUUAAUAAACUAAACUUUUCAAUAGAUUUUUGUCUCUACAGUUUGCAGAACAUGAACAAUUUGUAUUAUGGCAUAUUCUGUGAUGGGUGCAAAUACAUAGUGCAUUAAAAAAUGUUUUCUUUUAUUAAGACAUUUAUUAAUUUUUUGUCAUUAUUAUUUAUAAUGGAUUGUUUUUUCCUUAUUUUUGUAUUCAGUGUCUGUACUAUUUUUUCUAUUUCUCGGAAUUGCACUUAUUUUUAGCAUAUCUGUGAUCAGCAGAUUAUUUUCUAAGUCAAAUAAUUAUUGUGCCGCACUUGUUAUAGCUCAAGACAAAAAAUUUCUUGAGUAUAGAUUAAGAUGAAAAAAAUAUUAAAUUUUGAAAGAUU